GUCCCUUACAAAUAAAACAAAAUUUAGAUCAAUGAAUACAUUUUCCUACAACAAAACGGCAUAAGGUGAUUGACAUAUGCAUGAACAUUACGCAACAUCGUAACGUACAAAUAUACAUAGUCAGAGUUACCCUGUUGCUAGGUUUUACUUCGCGCUCUUCUUCUUUAAACUUAUCUCUCUGUCUCUCAAAAUAAAUUAUAUUCAUUUUCAUAUACUAAAUAUCUUCUGCAAAUUACAGAUGCUUCACUGGAAACUCAAGUGAUCAGCUGCCUCUGUUGUUAUAGUUCUGUAAGAUGAUGGGGUUAGGUUUGGUGUCGAUUAUAAAAUCAGGACCGGAUGAAGGUCAUGUUGAUUCAAUUACUUUAUUCGUGGCUUUGCUUUGUGCUUGCAUUUUAAUUGGCCAUCUUUUUGAGAAGAAUCGAUGGGUUAACGAAUCAAUUACUGCUCUUCUCAUUGGUCUAUGUACUGGGGUUCUAAUCUUGGUAGCAACUAAAGGAAAAAGCUCACACGUUUUUCUAUUUAAUGAAGAGCUUUUCUUUAUAUAUGUUCUUCCACCUAUCAUCUUCAAUGCUGGUUUCCAGGUGAAAAAGAAGCAAUUUUUCAGAAAUUUUAGCACAAUCAUGUUAUUUGGUGUUGUUGGGACUUUAAUAUCCUUCAUCAUCAUAUCACUGGGUUCAUUGCAGUUAUUCAAGAAAUUAGGUAUUGAUUUCUUGGAUACAGUGGAUUAUCUAGCAUUGGGAGCAAUAUUUUCAGCUACAGAUUCAGUUUGCACCUUACAGGUGCUGAAUCAGGAAGAAACACCAUUUCUCUACAGUCUAGUAUUUGGGGAAGGUGUGGUAAAUGAUGCCACAGCUGUUGUACUAUUCAACGCAAUCCAGCGAUUCGACCUCUCUCACAUCACCUCAAGCAUUGCUUUGCAGCUCUUUGCCAAUUUCUUAUAUUUGUUUGUUAGCAGCACCGUGCUUGGUGUGGCGGUUGGAUUAGUUUGUGCUUUCAUCAUAAAGAAGUUAUACUUUGGCAGGCACUCAACGGAUCGUGAAGUUUCUCUGAUGAUUCUCAUGGCUUAUCUUUCGUAUAUCACGGCUGAACUUCUUAAUUUGAGUGCAAUUCUCACCGUCUUCUUCUGUGGGAUCUCAAUGUCACACUACACGUGGCAUAAUGUGACUGAAAAUUCAAGAGUCACUACCAAACAUGCUUUUGCAACGCUAUCGUUCAUUGCAGAGAUUUUCAUCUUCCUCUAUGUUGGUAUGGAUGCUUUAGACAUGGAGAAGUGGAGAUCUGUGAGGAACAGUCCCGGCACAUCAGCAGGGGCGAGUUCGAUACUUCUUGGGCUAGUUCUUGUCGGAAGGGCCGCUUUUGUAUUUCCGUUGUCCUUCAUAUCAAAUCUGAUCAAGAAUUCUCCAAGUGACAGAAUCGGAUCAAAGCAACAGGUUGUGAUAUGGUGGGCCGGACUCAUGCGAGGAUCUGUAUCUAUGGCACUUGCUUACAAUAAGUUUACCAAGUCAGGGCAUACUCAACUUUUAGGCAAUGCAAUCCUGAUAACCAGCACAAUUACAGUUGUUCUUUUUAGUACUGUGGUAUUCGGCAUGAUGACUAAACCUCUUAUGAGGAAGUUGCUGCCAGAGAAACGAUCAAGCAGCUUGUUACCUUCCGAAGCAGCUGACUUGAAAUCAAUUUCUUCGCCGCUUCUUUCUAAUGGUAACGGAAAAGACGAAGAACAUGACGCGAGGAGUGAAAGUGAUAAUAUUGCUCGACCAACGAGUCUACGAAUGCUUCUCACAGCUCCAACAAAUUCUGUGCAUUAUUAUUGGCGGAGAUUCGAUGAUUCUAUAAUGCGUCCUGUAUUUGGUGGCAGCGGAAUUUUGCCAUAUCUCCCUGCCUUACCAACAGAAGAGACUCUUCUUUACUAAGAAGAUGCUAACAUUUUAGGGAGAGUAGGAAUUACACUGCACAAUGCAUAUAGCUAGUAAGUACAGUCCAAGGAGGGUGACGUAAAUAUCAAUUUCCCCCUGAAAUUGUAAGUAAUGAUCGGUUAACAUCAAAAUUAAUUUUUUAAUUUAUUAGUCCAGUAAUUUGUUA